AUGGUUCAAUCAGUUAUUUUUGGCCUGCUUCUGGUGGCAGUCCCGGUCCAGACCUUUAACCUGCUUCCUAUAUCUCAGAAACUAUCGUCGGGCCGGAAUGUAGCACUCUCAACCCCGGGCUCUCAAAUCCAGCCAAGACAAAACUUUAUAAAUGGCCCAUGUGCGGGCAAUACGGCCACCACAAGGUCGACCUGGUGCAGCUACAACAUCGAACACGACUGGUAUGAAAUCGUUCCUGUCACGGGCGUCACGAGGGAAUACUGGUUUGUUCUUUCCGACGACAAGACAAUAUCCCCGGAUGGAGUUCCCAGAUACGCGCAGACGAUCAACGGCACCAUGCCCGGCCCGACGCUGUUCGCCGAUUGGGGUGACUACGUCGUGGUGCAUCUGACCAACAACCUCACCAGGAGCGUCAACGGCACCAGUCUCCACUUCCACGGGAUGCGGCAGCUAAACACGGUUCAGAACGAUGGAGUCGCCAGCAUCACGCAGUGUCCGAUCCCUCCCCGCUCUUCCAUGACUUACAAGUGGCGCGCCACCCAGUAUGGAACAAGCUGGUACCACAGCCAUUUUGGGCUGCAGGCGUGGGCGGGAAUGUAUGGGGGUAUCGUCAUCAACGGCCCUGCGAGCGCAGAUUAUGAUCAUGAUCUUGGAAGCCUCUUCCUCAGCGAUUGGUCGCACGAACCCCCAGACGCCUUGUUCCAUACUGCACAGACGACUGGGCCUCCGAUUCUGACCAACGCCUUGAUCAACGGCACCAACGUCUACGGAGAGGACGGUUCAGGGAAUCAGACGGGCUCGCGCUUCACCCAAAAGGUGACGGCCGGAGAAUCCUAUCGAUUUCGUCUCAUCAACAGCGCCAUCGACUCGCAUUUCCGCUUCGGCAUCGACAAUCACACCUUGACCGUUAUUGCAGCCGACCUAGUCCCCAUCGAUCCCUACACCACAACCAUGGUCAGCAUCGGCAUCGGGCAGCGCUACGACGUCAUCGUCACGGCAGACCAGGGAACUACCGCAGGAGCCGAGAGCUACUGGAUACGCGCAAUCCCGCAAGCAAACUGCACCAAAUCCAAAAGCCCCUCCAACGUCAGAGGCAUCCUCCACUACGGCGCCAAUCCGACCACACCAAAGUCCACUGGCUAUACCUAUACCGACUCCUGCCUAGACGAGGACCCAAGGCAGCUAGUCCCCAUAGUAUCCAAGGAUGUGGACUCCCCGACCUGGACGCGCUUCAGCAUGGCAUCCUGGAACCGGACGGCCAACAACCUCAUCCGCUGGUACCUCAACGGCACGACGAUGGAGGUGAACUGGAGCAACCCGACCCUGGCGCAGAUCCACGACAACACGACUGCGUAUAAAAAAUCCCACGCCGUCGCGGAGCUCGACGAACCCGACGCCUGGGCCUACGUCGUCGUGGAGACCAACGCGUCCGCCUCGCACCCGGUGCACCUGCACGGGUUCGACUUUCACAUCCUGGCGCAGGGGCAGGGGCGGUACGAUGCAAGCAACGAGUCGGCGCUGAACCUGGACAACCCGCCGAGGCGGGACACGGCCAUGCUGCCGGCCUGGGGGCACGUGGUGUUGGCGUUCAAGACGGACAACCCGGGGGCGUGGUUGAUGCACUGCCACAUUGGGUGGCACACCAGCGAAGGGUUUGCGAUGCAGUUUGUGGUGCGCAAGGAUUAUUUGUUGAGGAAUAAGAUGAUUGACUAUGCUGCUCUGAACAGCACCUGUGCCGCAUGGAAGAGACAUGUCGCGGCUGGCGGGAUCGUGCUGGCGGAUUCUGGUGUCUGA